AAUUAUGUAUAAUUAUUUUUAGUAAUACCUCAAAAUUUUAUUUUAAAUUUUCGUGCACUUGGCACUACUAAAGUAUGUUCCAACUGUCAUUUCAAGAUUUUCUACAAUAAAUACAAUCCACAAAUGUUUGUAAUGUCAUCCACAAACAGGUGCUUUGCAUAAAAAUUUAAAAGAGAAAAUGUUAAAGAACAUUUUAGAGAAUAUCUAGCAUUCUUACAGAUUUCCUGAGAAAUAUCAGAGAAAAUUAGAAAACACCGUCAAAUGUUAAGAUGAUUACAAUUUUAUGCAUAAGUGAUCUAUAUAACAAACGGGAGUAUUUUAGCAUUGCAAUUGAAUCAGAGCUGAAGCCACUGCCGUCGGUUAAAAGUCGUUUUCUUAGAGACACCAACAAUAAAAUACUCAGUUUGAAAGGUUUAGAACUGCAAGUCGAUGGAUAUCAAGCAUUUUAUAUAUUACGUGAGCUGAGGGAGUUCAACAAAUUUCGUCAAUUAAUAUGUACAAAUCCUGCAUUUGAAAAAGCCGACAUUCUAUGUAUAAGCAUAAUUCAACCAGAAAAAGAUGUAAUCGAUUAUAAAUGGAAUCAUAUGUUGUCAUACAUUUUGUGGGAACAUAUUGAAAUGGAGCACCUCAUGUCUUGGUUAUCUACGUUAGGAGGAGGCUUUUCAGCGUUAGGAGAACAAUUUAGUAAAUUUGCUGAAACAGCAGGUCGGAUAUCGUUGAAACAACUGUCUAUUGGCAUGCGCCUUGGUGAUCCAUUUCUGCAAGCACGAUGUAAACUAUAUUACAGCAUAUCACUCAUACAAACUGGACGUUUAAGGCAAGCAAAACACUUAGUACGUCAGCAAUAUACAUUUGCUAAAACACAAAAAGAGAUAGACAGCCGCUUGGUAAAAAUGUGCCUAGGUAUUUGGCUGCGCAUACAGUAUGAAUACAGAAUAAGAAUGGAAAAAAAAGCACUGAAGCAAAACCUGCUAGGUGCCGGAGACUCAAUUUAUGCUAUUAAAACAAGCUGAACAAUAUCGUAUAUAUAUGGUGAUAGUAUUUUACCUGAACGGAACAGGCUGGAGAAUUAUACAAUUUUUAUGUUAUAGGGAUCAAAACUAAUUAAUUGAAAUAGACAAAAUAAUUUGUAAAU